UCUCUUCUUAAAACGGUGAAAGAAUGGAGAAAUACAUAAGGGUUUAUUUCGAAAUGGGACUCGAUUAUAUGGAAAUACUGGCACUUUUAGCAAAACAUCAUCACUACAUUAUUUCUUAUCGACACCUGAAACGAAUAUUGAAGAAGCUACGUUUAUUUCGCCGAAAACACUACACGUCACUUGAAGAUGUCGUUGCUUUCAUCAAAGACAACAUUAAAGGAUCUGGAAGGCUUCAUGGUUAUCGCUGGAUGUUUAUGAAAUGUAGACAAGCAGGGUUAACUGUACAAAAAGAGUAUGUGCGAAUUUUGAUGCAAAUUAUAAACCCUGAAGGAGUUGAAAUGCGAAGAAAAGGUCGAUUACAUAGGAGAGAAUAUUGUUCGAAAGGGCCGAACUUUAUAUGGCAUUUGGAUUCUUACGAUAAACUUAAACCUUUUGGAAUAUGCAUAAAUGGGUGCAUAGAUGGCUUUUCUAGACUGAUAAUAUGGUUGGAGGCAGAACAGACUAGUAGUGACCCUCGGGUUAUUUCUGGGUAUUUUGUCAAAGCUAUUCUUCGGAAGGGAGGACCUAUGGUGAUAAGAGGAGAUCUUGGUACCGAAAAUAGUAAGGUCGCUGAAAUGCAGUCUUUUUUACGACGCAAUGAUAAUGAUACGUAUGCUCGAAAUAACAGUGCGUUUCUUUACGGCACAAGCCAACAUAAUCAAAGAAUUGAAUCAUGGUGGGGAAUUUAUAGAAAAGAAAACUCAAAGUUUUGGAUGACACUUUUUAAAGAUAUAAAAGAGGAUGGAUUAUUUUCAGGAGAUCAUCUUCAUAAAAACUUGAUAAGGUUUUGUUUCCUGAGACUGAUACAGAAAGAACUUUUAGAGGUUGUAAGUAUUUGGAACGCCCAUAAAAUCAGAAAAAAUAAUAAACAAAAUGGUGUGUAUGGACGACCGUAUGUGCUCUACUCGGUUCCUGAAGUGUACGGAACAAGUGAUUAUGUUACUAGUCCUGACAUCGAUGAAGUUGAAAUUUGUUUAGAGCAAUCUACGUAUUGUAGUCUACCAUGCGAUGAAGACAUUUACGAUCUUGCAAACAUAUACAUGGAAGAAUUAGGACAUAGCUUACCAACAGAUGCUUUUGAAGCUGCCACUUAGUAUCGGUGUUCACUGGAACGGUUUGAAACGGACUUAGCAUUACAGUGAUAUUACUAUCAAACUUAUGUAGACUUCGAUAUUAUGAUUAUUUAUUAUCUGGUAACAUGUACAAUUCUAAAAUUAUAUUUGUGUUUAUGCAUUUUACCUUUAUUAUGUCUGGUUUCGUUAUAGUCCGAGAUUUCUGUGACGUUUAACGGCUUUUUUGGCCAGACAAGCUGGGACCGUCCCACGACCCGAUCUUGUCUGGCAAAACAGCAGUUGGACGUCAGAGUAAUCUCGAACUAGUUUCGUUAUGAGUGCCAAUGAGACAACUCUCCAUCCAUGUCACAAUUUAUCAAAAGUUAAAAAUUAUAGGUCUAGGUACGGUCUUCAUCACGGAGCGUUAGCUCACAUCGAACUUUAGAGGUUCUCAAAAUGACUAGUGUAAGACAACUUAAACAGGAAAACCAAAUGUGUAAUAUAUAAGCAAAACUACGUGUAGGAUCACUUAUGAUCACAUCAUCAAACGACAAACAACAGGCUCCAGAACAGCAUGCUUAUUAUGAUGAAAACUUUGUAAGAGUUGUGUAAAAUGUUUUAGGGUCAUGUUUUAGUUUCAUUCUGGUUACUCAUAUGAGAGAUAUUACAAUAGGUCACAAUUAUCUUUGAUCUACGAUUAAAUUGUACAAAAGUUGUCAGUAUACAUUUUGAAACUGAAAUGUAACAAAGCAAUUUAGGAACAGUCAGUGAAAAUGUAUACCUCAGUAGUAUAUUGUGAAAAAAGAUACAAAUAUGAUUCAUUUUCCCCCAAAUAUGGUUCCUAUUGGCUCAUAAUUUAUUCAAAUACUUUUUGCGCGAUUGAUCGCGAUCAAUGAGACAAAUUAACUGCACAUCCACCAUAGCCUAUAAAAAGAAAAAAACAACGAAACCAAUUUUGACAGACGUUUAUCGAUGCAAGCCUUUAAUUACUGACCCCUGACUGAA